CACAGAUUCAAACUUAGGACCUUUAAACGGCGUGUGGAUGUUUACCAGCGAGACGGGCUCGUUUUUGAAGUGUUUUUAGCGUUGUGUUCACCUGAUUAUGACUGGCGAGGACGCCGAAGCGCAGGAAUAAGGAGCAGCGGCACUGGUAUUGACAGCCAUGAUACCACAGCGCAGUGCCAUGAUGGGUGCCAGGAGAGACGGGGGAAGUAGCACGGCUUACUUUGAGGUCAGCCCCGGGCAAAAGCAGCGUCAGCAAGCUGCGAAAGCCGAGGCAGCGGCAGCAGCAGCAGAGGUGCCUGUGCUGCGGCUCAUACACUUCACGCACCCACCCAAACUGUGCUUUGAAGGUGUGAAGCUUGGAACUACCUGCCUCAGACACCUCCGAGUACUCAACCCCAAGGACCAGACACAGAGGGUGAUAUGUGAAAGGUUUCCCAAGGCUGAAAGUGGCUUUGGGUGGAAUGAGGUGGAGAUGGUGUUGGGUCCAGGACAGAGUGUGGAGUUGGAGAUGUGGUGGAACCCAACUCAGGAGGGUGGUGCCAGGGAGGUGGUGCUGUGGAAGACUGACAUUGGAGUUCGCUCCCAGACAGUGCUUAUUGGCUCCUGCGUUGAUCCUCGGCCCAAGAAGAAAACCCAUGGUCGAGCUCCCCUGCGGUCCAAGAAUGUCCCUGCUGCUGUGGCAUCUCGACCAAAACCUGUCAAAAUCAAUAUGCCUCGUCCCAGCAGCAGAGGUGGCAGCAAUCAAGGCAACAUGGGCCACACCAACACAGAGAACAGGCCCCCAAAGACAACCCAGCCCCAGCCCAAGAGCCAGCGUGGUCCAGGGCCAGUCUUUGAGAAUAUAAAUGUGAAGCCUGAAUGUUUUAAUUUUGCCAAGACAUUGCCUUCUGUUGCUGACAAGCCUGCCCACAAACCCAGGAAGCCACUGCGUCAGAUGCUUCAAAGCAACUCCAGCCAGAAAAAUCUCAGUCCACCACAUUGGCAGACCUUUAGUACACCUCAAGGGCAGGUAUUAUCCCCACAAUCUCUCUCCAUCUCUUCCAUUUCAUCAGAUCUGUCAACCUCAACCUCCACCAGCAGAAGUAAGUGCAGUGUUCAGACCAAGAAGAAGCCCAACAGCCAUGUAAUGUGGAAAGAGUAUGUGGAGGAGGUGGUAGAGGUAGUGGAGGAACAACAUAUAGAGGUGGUGGAGCAGCAGCAUGUUCAGGUGGUGGAAGAGCAGCAUGAGGUGGAAUACUGUGGUGUGAAAGUUGCACCUCCUAAUGAAGAGUUGUCACCCACUCUGCUGCGCCGCCAGACCUUCACUCAGAGCACUUCCUGUAGAGAAACUUUCAAGGGGGUGAGGGGGGGCUGCUUGCCACCUUGCGAGGUGGAGGCAUCACCGCGCCGUCAGACCUUUGUCACUCAACCCUCAAGAGAGACUUUCCAGGAAGUGAAGGAAGAUGUUCUGCCCACUUGUCCCUCCCCUGACACUCCUCUACGCCGCCAAACUUACCUGGCCAAUCCUCCAGAGACCUUCAAGCCUGUGGUGGGGGGACGUCUCCCUGCCUGCGAGGUGAUGGACUCACCCCUCCGUCGUCAGACCUUUAUCAAGAACCUUUCUCCUCCAUGUGUGUCCCAGCCUCACACACCCUCACCUUGCCCUGAGUCUGUUGUUAUGCAACCAUCCUCCCCCUCAGAGUGUGGUGAUUCAAACACGCUAAGCCAACUGCUGAAGGGUGUGUCUCUAGAAAACACCCCAGCCACCCCAGCACCCAAGCCCAGCCACAAUAACCCAGAAGCCGUGUUUGCUUAUUGCCAGAAUCUGUUUGAACGCCUCAACAAGAGUAACUUCAGCUUCACACACUCCAACAGUCCAGACAAUGUGUGGGAGACAGGGCGAGAAGAGAAUGGGCGGGAUGAUGAGCUCACUUCCCCUGAGGAGCUGAUGUGCACGGCUCCCUCCACACCCCUCUCAGAAUAUGAAAGUGCCCCCAGCACUCCACCACCAGUCAUAAAGGACAACUUCAAUGUCACCCAGGAGUUCCCCACACCUAGCAUUGGAGGCCCCAGAGAGUGUUCAAUGCCUGCAAUCAUUGACACUCUGGAGGCUACCCUGUCCCCACACUCACCUGCCUCUCCAUCUCCCCGCCGGCUGAGCUCUGGCACUAUCACUAAGGAAACGUCAGUCCUCAAUCCAGCUGAUCUCAUCACAGUGGACUCCCAGCCUUCCCUCAUCACACCCACCAGAGACUCCACUCACCCACAUCUCAUCUCUCCAGACUCACCCUACCAAAGUGAGGCCCUCAGUGAACUGCUGCUGUACAAGGGUUCUGGCUCUCCUUCCUGCAGCACCAUUGGGGAUGAAAUAUUCUCCCCUAACACAGAUCUAACUCUGGAAAGCUUUGCCUUUUCUCCAAGUCAUGAUCCCCGGCGCUGUUCCAGGGUGAAGGACUUGCCGCCAGAGGAACUACGCCGCCUGUCUGACAAGGGACGGCAGCUUUUCUUUGGACCAGAGUUUGAGACGGAGAGAAGAGGGUGUGCACCUCUCACCUCCCUCACCACCUCUAGCAUUCUGUCUGAAGGGGUAGGGCACCAGGGCCUCAGUACCAUUGAGGAGGAGGAGAUUGGUGGCACCUUUACCAUCAGCAGGACCUUUGAAGGGCAAAAGAACCAUCAACUGAGUAGCACAUCACAUCUUCCUACCCUUAAUGAAACCCAUGACUUAUCAUCAUCCACCACUGUCAAGGAGACCCAUUCUUCUGUUUCAGUAGAGAAACCUCAGUCUCCUUUCUUAAUUCCUUCAGACAACUCCCAUUCCUCUGUUCCCAAGGAGAAGUCCGACAGUUCCAUCAUGCUCAAAGACAUACCCUCUUCACCUUCUCCAGUUGAGCCUUUGAACUCCCUGGACCCCCCAACUUCCCCAGACAUCCCUACAGAGAUACCUGCUCAGCCUGUUGCAACACCACCACAGCUAGGCACUUCAGAGGUGAAUGGAGAGAAGGUUAACUCACCCGUACAGACUACCUCCAAGACACCAGAGUCUGACCAGGAUGAAGCAACAAAGUCAGGUCUUGUGUUCAUCAAGAUCUCCCCAGGUGGUUGCAAGCGUCCACCAGAGGGUCAGACCAAGGACCCAUGGGCCAAGAGAAGUCGCAUUGUCCCUGCCCCAGCGACUGCCUCUGCCCCUGUUGUACCUCAGAAACGUGCCAGUGUGAGGAGACCUGUUGUGCUCAUCACCCGGAAACACAGCCCCAAGAGAUCAACUGCCACUGUUGGUGCUGGAUCUGCUGCUGUGGGAAGAAAACCAAGGGCCUCUCAGCCUGCAGGAAGUACAGGAGGAAAAAAGAAUAAUGCUGCACCAUCAUUGAAGAAAGCCUCCUCUCAACCAAGCCUCCACAUCCCUCCUCCUCCUGCUGCUGCUCCUACUUCUUCUGCAGCCUCCUCCCCAUCCUCUAAACACACAGACUCCAUUUCAUCAUCAUCUGAAGCUGUACACGCCACCUCAACACUCAAUAUUAUAUCCAAAUCAAUGUCCAAAUCUGCAUCAACUUCCUCCAUCACCACCUCUUCCUCCUCCUCUAUAAGCAACACCACAUCAACUAAGCCCAAAGCAGUGAGGAAAAGCUGCCUCCGCACCCCGCAUCAUGCCCGCCAUGCCCCACCCCUCCGCCUGACUCUCAUCAAGGCUGCCAAGACCAACAUAGUUCAUCAUCCUAAUCCUUUUGCUGCCAAGAACAUGUACUAUGAUGACCGUUGGGUGGAGAAACAAAUUGCCGGCUUCACCAAGUGGCUCAACUUCAUCCUGACUCCGCCUGAGGAUGAGGAUGUGGCUGCCAGUGUAAAGAAAGUGGACAUGGGGAAGCUGUGGUCAGAGGCAGUGAAGGGUAAAGGCAUUCGUGCAGCACCUACCAAGGAGGCCUUGUCCCUGCGUGCAUACUCUGCCCGCUGCCGCCUCAACACCCUACGCAGGAAGGCGUGUCGCUUCUACCAGCGUCCAGAGUUUGUGACAGUGGUGGCUAAGCUGGAGACUGCCAUUGAUCGGGGAUACAUCUCAAUACGCAAAGACCGGCUGACACACGCUGACCUUGGAUUGAAGCAGCAGAUGCUACAGCUGCUGCUCUGUUACAACCCACUGUGGCUACGUGUGGCUAUGGAGACCGUAUAUGGAGAGCUGCUACAUCUCGCAAGCAAUAGUGACAUAACUGGCAUCACCCAUUACCUCAUCAACAGGCUCCUAAAUAACCCAGACAUUGCUGCUGCUCAUGCCCACCCCACUGUGCCCCAUUGUUACCGGCCUGGCUACGAGGCUGCCAUCAAGACUUUCCAGCUCAAGAAGUUUCUGCUGCUGGUUCUCUUCCUUGACCGUGCUAAGGAGGCUCGGCUCAUUGAUCAUGACCCUUGCCUCUUCAGGAAGAACUCUGAACACAAGACUAGCCGGGACAUCCUGGUGGCAUUUGCGAUGCACUUCCUGCAGGGGAUUGGGGACAUCACCAAGCACCUAGCACACCUUGGCUACAUAGUCUCCCACCGCCAGGCCUUCCUUGAUGAGUUCGACUUUGCAGUGACCAAUCUCCCCACCGACCUGCGUUGCGGUGUGCGACUGGCCCGUGUGGUUGAGGUGCUGAUACAGGACUACACCCUGAGCCGGCGGCUGCGUGUGCCUGCUGUGAGUCGCCUUCAGAAGGUGCACAACACAGAGGUGGUCCUUGCUGCCCUGGGGAAGGCUGGCUGUCAGGUGGCUACCACAACAUCACCCAAGGACAUUGUGGAUGGUCACCGUGAGGCCACUCUGGCACUCUUGUGGGGCAUUAUUUUCAAGUUCCAGAUGAGUGUAAUGAUGAAUGAAAAGCGUCUGCGUGAAGAGAUCAAGCACCUGCGCCGCUCCCUGGAGGUGCGGGCACAAUUGGAUGAAGCAGCACAGCGUGGCCAAGAGGCAGCUGGAGGGGCAGCUGCCGAGUUGGGCCGUCUGGGUGAAAGCGGCACAGAACCCAGCACAGAAGAAAGUGUGCUGGCCCAUCUAAGGCUUUGGGCCACCUUUACCUGUGCUCAUUAUGGUCUAGAGGUGGACAACUUGACUGUCUCCUUUUGUGAUGGACGAGCUCUGUGCCUACUGCUGCAUCACUACUACCCCGACCUGCUGCCCCGUGACCUCAUCCAGUGGGACACUACUCAGAACAUCCCUGCACAGGAGGUGGACCCUGAUGUGUCAGCAGAUGACAGUUUCUACGAGAUGACAUACAGUGACACCAGCAAUAGGCAGGUCUAUGCUGAGCGCCUGGCCAAUGAUAAGGCUAACUUCACCCUGUUCAUUGACAAGGUGUCACAGCUGGACAGAGUGCCGUUGCUGCUGCGUUCAGCAGACACCGUUAAUACCAUUCCAGAUGAGCGGGUCACUGCUACCUUCCUGGCCCAUCUGUGUGCCCGCCUGCUGGACCUCAGUGUGGAGAUCAAGGCUGCCAGGGUGCUGCAGCUGGCAUGGAGGAGGCGACUGGCUCAGCGUCGCCUGGAGGAGCUGAGGGCCCAGACUGCAGCGGCUGUGGUGGUGCAGCGGUGGUGGAGGCAGCUGCUGCAUGGGCGACGACUGGCAGAAUACAACCAGGCUGCUGUGGUGCUGCAAACCCACUGGCGGCGCCACUGUGCCAUCCGCCUGCUGAACCAGCUGAGGAGGCAGCGUGUGGAGCAGCAGCAGCACCAGGCGGCAGUAACUCUGCAGCGGAUGUGGCGUGCACGUAUGCAGCGCCGCACCUUCCUCCAAACCCGUCACGCUGUGCUUACACUGCAGGCCUACACCCGAGGCUGGAAGUGUCGGCGAAGACUGGCAGUGAUGGUGAAAGCUGCUGUGGUGGUGCAGAGGCAGUGGCGUGCCAGGCAGCUGGGCCGGGCAGUGAUGGCACAGUACCGUGAGUCCCAGCAAGCAGUAGUAGUGGUACAGCGCUGCAUCAAAACAUGGCUGACACGACGAUGCUUCCUGCAGCAACGUAAAGCUGUUGUGGUCCUCCAGGCAGCCUUCAGGGCACACCAGCAGCAAAAACAAUACUUGAGGUUGAAAAAGGCUACUCUUCUGCUGCAAAGGUGCUGGAGGGAGAAGUUGCAGCUGAAGCGGAUCUUGGCCAUGAAGGUGGAAGCUGCCGUUACCAUCCAGAGGUAUUACCGUGGAUGGGUAGAGAGGAAGCACUACCUGUCAGUCCUCCACAGUGUUAGGGUUAUUCAAGCCCAUGUGAGGGCUUGGCAGGAGGGACAUAAGACCAGGGAGCAUUUCUUGGCAACCCGGCAGGCAGCCAUCACUGUCCAGCGAUUGUACAGAGCCAGGCAACAGCGCUUGUACCACCAGGAACGGAACAGAGCAGCAAUUGUACUCCAGGCAAAGGUGCGGGCGUGGCUGGGGCGCCAUGCCUUCCUCCGCCAAAGAGUGGCAGCUGUCACUAUACAGCAACACUACAGGGGCCACAGACUCACUGUGCAGGCCAUGAGAGAGCUCCAGGUCAUCAGGAGAGCCACUACUCAUCUACAAGCUUGGGUGAGGGGACACCUGGCCAGGAAACAACUGAGAAGGCAGCACACUGCAGCCAUUGUCAUCCAGGCUCACUGGCAAGGCUGGACAGCCAGGCAGACCUUCUUAACUGAAAGGAAUGCAGCAAUGACUAUCCAGCAACACCUCAGGGCUACCCUCAGUGCCAGGGAGGAACGGAAAGCAUUCCUGGAAACUCGUAGGAAAGUGGUUGUGCUGCAGGCAGCCACUCGUGGGUACCUGGUGCGGCGACGGGUGACAAGAAUGCAUGAGUCUGCCGUGGUGAUCCAGAGUGCCUGGUGGCUCUACUGUCAGAAGAAGGCUUAUGAACAGAGACGGCUAUGGGCUGCACUCACAAUACAGAGGGCAUUUAGGAGCAUGUGCCACACCAAGGAAGUGAUGCAAGAGUACCAGACCAUCAGGAGAGCUGUAGUGACACUCCAAGCUUGGACCAGAGGUUACCUUGUAUGCAAAAGGAUGAAGAGGCAGAACAGAGCAGCAUUCACCAUACAGCAGGCAUUUAGAGGAAUGUGUAAAACUAAGGUUAUGGUGCAGGAGUACCAGGCCACCAGAAGAGCUGUCAUUACCCUGCAGGCUUUUACUCGAGGCUACCUUAUUCGCAGAGAAACUAAGAGACAGCACAAAGCAGCCAUCACCAUCCAGCAAGCCUUUAGGGGAAUGUGUAAGACCAGAAAAAUUAUGCAACAGUAUCACAUCACUCUGGCUGCUGUCAUUACACUGCAAGCAUAUACUAGAGGCUUCCUUACUCGCACGGAAAUAAAGAGACAGCACAAAGCAGCCACCACUAUCCAGUUAGCUUAUAGGGGAAUGUGCAAGACCAGGGAGGCUAUGCAACACUAUCAUGCCACCAGGAAGGCUGUAAUCACCCUCAGGCAUACACAAGAGGAUAUCUGACGGAACAGCAUUAAAAACCAACACAAGGCUGCCCUCACUAUCCAGCAAGCCUUCAGGGAGAUGUGCAAGACCAGGGAGAUCAUAAGACAAUACCAGACCACCAGAAGGGCCAUCAUUAUCCUGCAGUCUCACACCCGAGGAUAUCUGACUCGCAAGAAUAUACAGAAACAGAGGCAUGCAGCCAUCAUCAUUCAGAGAGCCUUUAGAGGGGUGUGCAAAACUAGAGAUGCUGUGCAGGAAUAUCAGACCAUCAGGAGGGCUGUCAUUGUCUUGCAAGCAUAUACACAGGGUUAUCUAAUUCGCAGGAGUGUGAAGGAACUAAGGAAUGCUGUCAUCACCAUACAGAGAGCCUUUAGGGGCAUGUGCAAGACCAGAGAGGCAAUGCAGCAUUACCAUUCUACCAGGGAGGCUGUCAUUCUCCUUCAGGCACAUACACGUGGUUAUCUGAUUCGCAGGAAUGUACAGAAACAAAGAGAUGCAGUUGUCAACAUACAGAGAGCCUUUAGGGGCAUGUGCAUGACCAAAAAGACAAUGCAGCAAUACCAAUCCACCAGGAAAGCGGUCAUUACUUUGCAGGCUUACACUCGUGGCUUCCUUAUUCGCAGGGAGAUCAGGAGGCAGAACACUGCAGCUAUCAUCAUCCAGCAGGCUUUCAGAGGGAUGUGUAAGACUAGGGAAGCUGUGAGGAAAUACCAGAUCACUAAAAGAGCCAUCUUAACUCUACAAGCACAUACCCGGGGUUACCUAACUCGUCGCUGUGUACAGAAACAAAGAGAUGCAGCUCUCACCAUACAGCAAGCCUACAGGGGAAUGUGCAGGACCAGAAAAGCAGUGCAAGAAUACCAAGCCACCAGAAAAGCUGUCAUUACCAUGCAAGCCUGCACUCGAGGCCUCCUCACUCGCAAUGAAAUCAAGAGGCAGAAUAUGGCAGCUCUCACCAUCCAACAAGCCUUCCAGGGGAUGUGUAAAACUAGGGAGGCUGUGAGGCAAUACAAGAUGACCAGGAGAGCCAUAGUGACACUACAGGCACAUGUCCGAGGAUACUUGACUCGCAGGAAUGUACAGAAACAAAGAAAUGCUGCCAUUACCAUACAGAGAGCUUUUAGAGGAAUGUGCAAAACUAGAGAAGCUGUGCAUCAAUAUCAGAACACCAGGAGAGCUGUGGUGACACUGCAAGCUCAAACAAGGUGCUGGCUGGCAAGGCAACAUUUUUUGAGGCAGAAGCACAGUACCAUUAUCCUACAAAGGUACAUAAGAUCCUACCAGGCAGGUAGGAGAGCCAGGAGUCAAUACCAACUUGACCACAAGCGAAUCAUUCAAACCCAGGCUGCUGUGCGAGGCUUCUUGGCCAGACAAAAGUUGGAGAGACAACGGAGGGCAGCCACUGUAAUACAAACAUACGUGCGCACCUACAUAGCCCACAAGCGCUUCCUGUGCUUGCGUUUGGUGGCGAUGCGUUUGCAACGGUUCUACAGGAAUCGCAAGCUAACACGCAUCACCCGAGAGAUCUUUCUUAUCAAGCGCUCAGCAGCCAUCACCCUUCAGGCUGCCACUCGCGGCUUCCUAGCCAGGCGAGACCUCAAGCGCAAACAGUUGGCUGCUGUGAAGAUUCAGGCAGCUGUGCGCUGCUGGGUGGCACAGAGAAAGUAUACCACACUAUGCUUUAGUACCAGGGUUGUACAAAUUCACUGGAGGGCCACAUUGAUCAUGUGGCACCAGCGUGAGCAGUACCACACUCUCCGAGGUGCCAUCAUUCGCAUGCAGGCUGUCUGGAGGGGCAACACUGUAAGGAGGAAGAUCCAGACAUGGCACAAAGCAGCCACACUCAUUCAGGCACAUGUCCGUGGUCUCUUGCACCGCCAGCAACUCAACAAGGCCAGAGCCAGUGCUGUGGUGGUGCAGCAGUGGUGGAGGGGCAUCCUGCUUGCCAGAGGGUACCGUCUUGAGUUCCUUUCCCAGAGAGACUCAGCAAUCAUCUUGCAGGCCAGUGUAAGGGGAUUCCUGGUGCGCCAGAGACUCAAGAAGUCACACCAGGCAGCAACUGUGAUCCAGGCCUUCUACCGUGGUACAGCUCAGCGAAGGAAAUUCUUGCAGCAGAGGGAAGGAGCCAUUACACUACAGCAGCACUGGAGGGAGAGGGUACAGUGCAGGAGGAGAACAUCAGCUGCCUUGGAGAUACAAAAGUGGUGGAGAGCUCAAACAGAGUCCAGGAGGCAAAGAGCGGAAUAUUUGUUACUGAGAAAUUGUGUGGUAAACAUCCAAGCCUGUGCAAGGGGAAUGCUUAUCAGGAAGCAGCUGGCCAAACAACACUCAGCAGCAACACUGAUACAAGCACACAUCCAAAGGCACCUUGCUCAGAGGCGCUACAAACAGCUAAGGGAAGGAGCUAUUGCAAUUCAACGUUAUUGGAGGGCCAGUAGAGCCUGCAAGAAGCAAUAUGAAGACUUCCAGACUGUCAAGAAAGCCACUAUCACUUUGCAGGCCCAUGUGAGGUGCUGGCUAGUACAACAGAGACUCAAAAAGACCACCAGGGCCACAGUAACUAUACAGAAGUGGUGGAAGGCAACUGUUCUGGCUCGGCAAGAGCAAGCCAGUUAUUCAUCAUUAAAGUCAGCCACUAUUACUCUACAGACCUAUACCAGAUGUUGGCUGGCACGUCAGAAAUACAUUAGAACCCUAAGAGCCACACUAAACAUACAAAGAUGGUGGAGGAGAGUCAUUACCACAAGACAGACUAGAGAGAGCUAUAUUACUGUACGGACAGCCACCAUCACCUUGCAGACCCAUAUUAGGUGCUGGCUGGCACGGAGAAGGUACAGAAAAUUGCACACAGCUGCCACUGCCAUACAGAGGUGGUGGAGGGUAGUGAAGGUUUCCCGGGAGGCAAGGAGGGAGUACCUGAGGAAGAUCAAUGCAGUGUUGGUGAUUCAGAGGCGGUGGCGUGGUGCCUGUCUCUCCCUACACGCCCAGGAGCACUACAUUUACCUGCGACGGGCAACCAUCAUCCUGCAGGCUACCUGGAGGGGCCAGCAAGCAAGGCGGCAGGUCCAGCACAUUGAGGCAGCACGCACCAUCCAGGCACAUGUGCGUGGAUGGCAGGUACGGCGCCAGGCCCAGCAGCAGCGUCGUCAGGUUCAGCUGAGCAGGGUGGCAAGGGUGGCCAAGGCACACCUGGCUGCUACAAGAAUACAGCGAUGGUACCGGUGCUGCAAGGUGCUGGCAAGAGCAAGGAAGGAGCUGUGGGCUGUGAGGAGGCUGCAGGGAUGGGUGAGGACGUGGAGGCUGCGAAUGACAUUCCUGAAGCAGCGACAGGCAGCCCUUGUCUUGCAGCGGGUGUGGAGGAAGUGGCAGCAGACACAGAAUGAGGCUCGUCGUCUUCACGCAGCAGUGGUGCUCCAGGCAGCGUGGCGUGGACGAGUAGUGCGACAGCAGACCAGGACGAAGAAACUGUGUGAGCUACGGCAGCGGCUGGAGAAGGCCACGCAGGAAGCUACAGAGGAGAAGCAGAUUGGCCACCGCACCGGCAGAGCUAUUGCUUACCUCCUCCAGGGCCGAGACCUGCGACGCAUCCUGGCCGCUGUUAUUAGUCUGGAUGCCUGCACUCGUUGGUCGUCUCUGUGCUGUGAGCAACUAGCAUCCAACGCAGCCCCAGGAGUGUUGAUGCAGCUGCUGCUUAACUGCAACCGGUCCAUCCCUAACUUGCAGAUCAUUAGCUACAUCCUCAGCAUCCUGAUCAACCUGGCCAAGUAUCCACCCACUGCCUCCUGUGUCCACCAUCUUGGGGGCCUGAUGAAGAGUGUGCUGUGGCUGCUGUCCAUAUCACCAGACAAGCACCAAAGCAUCUUCACCAAAGGCUGCACUCUUCUCUAUGUGCUGGCCACUGGUCCUAUGCCCUUCCAGGCUGUACGGAGCCCAAAGGUGGUGGAAGAGCUGAAGGGUUUGCACAGACUCAUGGUGCGCCGCCAGACAGUUGCCGCCAAGAACAAGAGACUCCCCAAGCAGCCGAAGGUUCUCUCAGCUACUCAACGGCCAGCCACAGUACCUGACUGGGCUAUGCGGCCAGGCCAACCCAGGGAAUUUGGGGAACCUCUCUUGGCCAUCACUACACUCCUGGCCACUCUGGAACACAAUAAGGAGGAACAGGAGGUGGCCAGGACAUGAGGAACUGGUGGCAAAAGAGUUUAAGGGAAUUGAUAAAAGAUAGUAUGUUAGAAGAACAGGAAGUGGCCAGGACAUGAGGAACUGGUGGUAAAGGAGUUUAAGGGAAUUGAUAAAAGAUACUAAGUUAAAUAUAUACUAAUUAGCCAGACAUGAGUAAAAAUUAUGGAAAUAUGGAAUAGUGAAUGUGAGUGUAAUGUAAACUUCCCAUUGACUUUUCACUCCUCUCUCCCAUGUUCAUAAUUUGACUAUGUAUGUACUUCCUUUCUCUCUGACUCUUCCUCCCAUAUUCUCCUUUCCAUUAUUGUUUUUAUGGAAUGUAUAUGUUUUUGUCCAUUAGCAUUUUUUUCUUAUGCUUAUUUGUUAUUUCUCUUAUUUUCCUUAAUUUUUUGGAGGGAGAAAUAUAUUGGUAUUUUCAUAUUCUUAUGUUUGUUUUAUAGGUAAAUGUGCUUUUAAUGUUUGUGCUUCAUGUUAUGUUACUUUAAGCUUAUUUUUUUUAUCCCAUUACUAUUAUAGCUUUAUAACAUAACAUUCCAUAAAUGUUUUUAUCUUAUUAAUUUUAGAUUAAUUAUUAGAUCUCUUGCACGCACACGCACACGCACACACACACACACACACGGUAGCUCAGUGGUUAGAGCGCUGGCAUCACAAGCCAGAGGACCGGGGUUCGAUUCCCCGGCCAGGUGGAGAUAUUUGGGUGUCUCUCCUUU